AUGUGGUCUCUUGAAAUUCAUCGCUUCCCUUAUGCAUUAUUCGUCCAGCAACCCCGUAAAGGAUUCUGUCAGUCCCUGCAGAAAUUGAAGAAUGGGUUAACCAAAAAACUUCCUAAACACCCUAAGCGAACACACAACCGCACCACUGCGGUCCAGAACGUUGACAUUGAAGGGGCUUUGUUGAGUCAGAAGUCGAGGCCACUCUAUCCUUCCAACGACAACAAGCAUCUCACCACAUCUCAGAUUCCCAGCGACUCCGUGAACCAAGGGCUGUCUGGAGAGCCUGCUUCACAGGCUACUCCUUCCGGCGAGGAGGAAGAACCUGAUCCUCAAUUAGUUGAUGUUGAACUUCAGGGUGCUUGUGAUGGUAUGCAAAGCAUGGAAUUACUCGGGAAACAUGCAGCUCCUAUGAAAUCCGCCGCCGGCAAUGCCUCAGCGAGUCUUGCUGUCGCAGAUGAUUUUGAGGCGGCGUAUCUCCAACCCCUAAAGAUGAUCGGUAGUGUCCUUGAGAAGAUUGCGGAUGUACAUCCAUACGCAAAGACGGUACUGGGUAUGCUAUCUGCUGUAUCCAAAAUUAUGAUUGCCCAAGCAGAGUGGGACAAAUAUACUCUUAAUCUUCUCAAGAAGUUGGCUGAUUGA